AUGGCAUUCAUAUUUCACAAACCCGUGGUUCAAGAAAUGACGGUUGAAGAUACACUUUCGGUUUUCUGUACUUCUGAGUGUAGACAAAGAGUUGAAGUUUAUAGAAUACACAACGCUGAGCUAAUUCAAGAUUAUCAGGAUAUCAAAAAUAAAAACUUUUCUUUAUCAAAAAACGAAAAACUUUAUAAAGAAAAGAUUGAAGCUCAGCGAAAAGACAUCAUCAAACUAAAGGAUGAUGUGAGUGUAAAAACAACCCAUUUCCUAGAAGCUCAAGAAAAGGUAUGCAUUUUAACUAAGGAACUGGAAGAUAUUAGAAACAGAUAUCAAAUUAAUGAACUUAAUAUCAAAAAGUUUGAUUCUUCCAGUAAACUAGUUAAAAACCUAUGUGAUCAACAACUCGCAUACAAAGAAAAGAAAGGGCGUGGUUUGGGUUACAAUCAGACUCCUCCUCCGUAUAAUGAUAAUUACACUUAUCUACCAAUGACUGAGGAGGAGAUGAUGAACGAGAGUAAAAUGACUUAUGGUUCGAAAAACAACAAGUCGUCUGUUCAUGACAGACAUGUUGAGAAACAAAAGUCUACUCCAUUGAAUUUUGUUCCCAAAGGCACAAUUGAUCCUAAUGUUUCAUCUUCAUGUGCAGAUGAUAGCUCUGAAUGUGGUGAUGAUUGUUUUUCGGCUAAUGUGUGUGAUCCUAACGUUUCUAAUGUUUCAGUUCAUGAAAGUGUUACAGAUUUUUCAAAAGAAGAAGCGGUCACAUUAACUGAAAAGUCACAAGAAAAUGUUUCUAAAAGAGAAAUUAAAACAGAAACUGAAUCGUCUUUUCAAAAUGAUCCUGUUAAAAUUAUAAAAGACGAAACACAUCAUCCGUCUGAAUCUCAUGAUUGUGCUAGUUCUGAUCAACAGGUACAGAAGAACUCAGAAAAGGAACAUGGAACACAGGCAACGCAAGCUCGGUCAUCUAGACCCACGAAAUCAGCUACUGCUGCUAGCUGUCAGAAUAUCCACACAUUGAAACGACAGACAUGUUUCAACUGUGGAAUUCCUGGACACAUUGCUAGAAAUUGUGUUCAUCGUCCAAAAGUGCAACGAAAUGCCAACACUCACUCGUGUGCUGAUGUUUGUGAGCCGGUUCACAACAAGCGGAAUGAGUCAAAACAAGCAGAUCAAAGUCAGGGGUAUGCGAAGUCUGCUUAUCAAGGACAAUCACGAUCUCAUAAGGCUCGUGACAAGGUGAUUGAAAGCUCCAAUAAGGGAGAAAAGACGAAAAAUGGUGCUCAGAGCAACAAGACUUCUGCAAACAACAAAUACAAGCACCCCAAUUCUUCUUCGUCUAAGAGAAAUGUGCAGGCACAUCCAGCGCAAAAAGGACCGGUUUGUCCUUCAGGACCUGCCAGAGCGAAUCAAGCUGCUCAGAACGUCUUUCCGAUGAAAAGACAAACUUGCUACAACUGUGGCAUUGCGGGUCAUAUUACUCGAAACUGCACACGGCGUCCCUACGUACCUUAUUAUAUGCAAAAUCAGAGGGUUACACCAAAGGAUAACAAUCAUUCCAAGCCAAUGAAGCUACUUGUUUCAAAUUGA